AUGGAUACUAUUAAAAAGUAUUUUACUCAGUCUGUUGUAGACAAUGUCAACAAGUCAAUGGAUGAAAAUGAUGAAUCGAGUAUUUGUACAAUUUAUAACAAGACUCAAGAUGAAGAUAUGACAAUUUCACCAUUUUCUAAAUCUGUAGACAAGACAAGUAUUCAAUAUACCAAUAAGCAUUUUUUACAUAAAAUAAAAAGUUUAGAAGAAGAAAACGACCGUUUAUUAUCAAUAAUUGAAAAUAAAAAUAUUAUAAAGAACGAUAGUUUAAAAUGUAAUUGUAAUAACAAUAAUAACAUACCAGAUUUUGCAAAUAAAAAAAUAUUACAAUUAACAGAGAAGGUAAACGAGCUUAUGUCAGAAUUACAAAUAAUCAAAUCAUCAGCAUUUGAUGAUUAUACAAAAAACAAAGAUUCCUCAGAAAUAAAACAGUUGACUGAUAAGUAUAAUUUAUUGAAUAAAAAGACUUUUAAUUAUCGAAAUCAAAUAAUGCAGUUGAAAAAUGAUUUGAAAAUAACUCAAAAUGCUUUGUCUAAUGAAAUCGGAGAUCCAGCAGUGAUGCAAACAGUUUUAAUGGGCACUGGAUCUUCAAAUUACAUAGGACGUGCGCAAAAAAUUUUGGUGUUGCAGCAGAAAGUGAACGAGCUGCAAGCGAAACAAAGUGAUUCAAAAACCAAAGAACUGCAUAAUUCAACUGUUAACACAAGAAAAUUGGAAAAAGCACAUAAAGCAAUUAGUGACCAAGUAUUAAAGGAUGCUCAAUCAAAGGUAAUUGAAUUGACUAAAUCAGUGGAAAUUUGGAAAAGUCGUAGUAAAGCAUUGGAUGUGGAAAUUACUGUUUUAAGAAUACAAAUUGAAAAACUAUUAUCAAAGUCUGAAUCAGAUAAUCAACUUAUUAAUCAAUUAAAAGCAGAGUUAAGUAAUAACAACAUGCAACGGUUUAAAACUAAAGAUUCUGUAAUAAAACUCGAAGAAUCAACUACAUUAUUACAGUCAAAAUAUGAUAAAGCAGUAAAAGUUAUUGAACAACAAGCAUUUGAUUUAAAUGAUAGAGAUAUGAAAAUAUCUCAUUUAGAAUCCAAAGUACUUAAGAAUAAUGACAUAACCAAAGAUCAUAAUAUGUGUUCAAUAGAUUUUACAGAUCCUAAAGAAAUUUUUAUUAAGAAAUUAAAUGGAUUUGAAAACCAACAACUUGUGGAUCUAUUAAGCAUAGCUCAUAAUAAAAUUUGUGAACAUGUUUUAGAUGCUGUUAAUUUUAAAAAUAAAUACUUAACGGAAAAACAAAAAUUACAAAAAUUUGAAUCAAAGAUGGGAUACUUGAGUUCAUCUACAUUAUUUAAGCAAAGAUCAAAUAGUAUUUCAUACCACUUCAAACACGAAUUAAAUCCAAAUGAAAAAUUAGUAGAAUUACAGAAUAAACUAGAACUGGUUGAAGAAGAGCGUGCUGCUUUUAAAGAUAGAUUGGAUACCCUCAUAAUGUUGAAUAAAGAAAAUGUGCAUACGUUUACCCGAUCAUUAAACAAUAUAAAGCAGCAAUUAAUACAUUAAAUGAAAUACUGAACUGAAUAAUUUAUAUUCAAUAUAGUUUAUACUUCUUUGCAUGAUUAAUAAUUUUUAGUAAAAUUCAUAAUAAACACAUAAUUAACUC